AGCUUUCUGUUUUGGUUGCCUGCCAGCAGCCGUCUGGAAGGGGAGGGGAGCCGUCUGCCUUCCGCUUCUGGGCUGGAUUGACACACAAUGAGGAGCAGAGGUUGGGGAGACGCUCCACAAACGCCGCUGUAAAUAAAUACAACAAUCACUGAGGCCAGAGAAACAUGGAGAACCAGUGCACUGUGCAGGUGAAGCUGGAGUUGGGCCACAGAGCCCAGCUGAGGAAGAAAGUUACAUCAGAAGGCUUCACCCACGACUGGAUGGUGUUUGUCCGAGGGCCAGAGACUGGCGACAUCCAGCACUUUGUAGAGAAGGUUGUCUUCCGCCUGCAUGAGAGCUUCCCCAAACCCAAGAGAGUAUGCAAGGAGCCUCCGUACAAAGUGGAGGAGUCGGGCUACGCUGGCUUCCUCAUGCCUAUUGAGGUUUACUUCAAGAACAAGGAGGAACCAAAAAAGGUGUGUUUCAACUACGACCUAUUCCUUAACUUGGAGGGCAACCCACCAGUCAACCACCUACGCUGUGAGAAGCUCACCUUCAACAACCCCACCAAAGAAUUCAGGAGAAAGCUGAUCAAAGCUGGAGGGGUAUUGGUGGUUCCAGAGGGGGCUGAAGCUGUGUCGAGGCCCAGUCCAGACUACCCGAUGCUCCCCACCAUCCCCCUCUCCGCUUUCUCAGACCCCAAGAAGACCAAGACCUCUCAUGUGUCAAAGGAACCCAGCAAAGAAGGAAGUGGUGGCAGCAGCAAAGGACCCAAACCGCACAAGUUGACCAAGGAGCACCGUGAACGGCCCCGAAAAGACUCUGAGAGCAAAGCCACGUCGAAAGGAGACAACGACAGAGACGGAAGCAGCAAGAGUGGCCGCGAUCCUUCCUCUUCCUCAUCCUCAUCUUCAAAAAAGCCGUCAGAGAUCAAAGUGAAAGAUGAAGUUAAGGUCCUACCCAAGGCUGCCUUCAAGGAGCCUAAACUCACCCUGAAGGAGUCAAAGAUGGAGGGCAUGUCCCCUAAAGGAGGGGGGGCUGGUAGUGGAGGGGGUGGUGGGGGAGGAGGUGGAGGAGGGCCUGCAGAGCCCAAAGCCCCGGGGAAACGACCCUCCACUGUCGAGUCUCCCAAACCCAGCGCGAAGAAGCAGAAGAAGGGCAGCUCAGAGGGGCCAAAGGGGCCGACCGGCGGGGCUUUCACAGGAACUUCUCCUCGUGUCUCCUCCUCGUCUGCAGCCAGCCAGCCCUACGCAGAGAAGAAGCCUUCCAAGGAAAAAGGUCGCUGGGCCAAAGGCAAGAAUGACACACAGGAGCCGAAGGAGCCCAAGAAACUUCCAGAGUCGGAAGAGUCGAAUUCUGAGGACGAAGCAUCUUCAAAGUCAGAGCAGUCGGCCCCUUCAAGUCCUUCCAACUCCAGUUCUAGCUCUGACUCCAGUUCAGAUUCAGACUUUGAGCCGGGACAGAAACAAGGUCAAGGCCCCCUACGAUCCAUGGUGGAGGAGAUCCAGUCAGAAGAGUCAGAUGAUGACGACAGCAGCUCAGAGGAGGAGACGCCCAUCAAGACCAACCCCCCCAACCGCGACUCUCGACUCAGCCUGGACAGCGAGAGUGACAGCAGUGACGGCUCGCACAGCCCCAGUCGAGACCCCGCCCCGCCCCCGCAGAAACACAACUCCUCCAAUAACAAAGUUUCAGGCAGAAAGAGUCCAGAUUCCUCGUUUCGCUCAGAGAAGGUGUUGAAGAAGGGAUACGACAAGGUAGGAAGGGCCUACACGGAAGAAUUGGUGGACCUCCAUCGCAGACUGAUGGCUUUAAGGGAGCGUAACGUCCUACAGCAGAUUGUCAACCUGAUCGAGGAGACGGGCCACUUCAACGUGACCAACACCACCUUUGACUUUGACCUCUUUUCACUGGACGAGUCCACCGUCCGCAAACUACAGAGUUACCUGGAGGCGACGGCCACGUGACAGGAAGUGGAAACCGGCGUGGGGAAACUGGCGUGUGGAUGGCGGCGGAGGUAGACUUGCCACCACGUCUCCUCUUUAAGGAGGGGACGAGCAGCCACAUCUGUCGCAGCUGUCUCACAGGCCUGACUAAACCAUCGAACAACUACCACAUAAACAGAAAAACAUGAACAACCACAAGCACACAUGAAGACACACCGCCUUCAGGUGACGCUGGAGAGGAAGCUGAAAGGAGGAGGAGGUGUGGAAGGGAAGGUGGGAGGAGGAGUAGCUGAACUCCGUCUACAGUCAGGAUUUUCACUACACAUCUUUUUUUGUUUUUUUUUUGUGUUUUUUUGAGUCUGUGCAGAGCUGUGGAAUGCACCCCACACCCCCUCCUUCACCCUCCUGCACUCAUAUUGCUCCCGCCUUUGCAAAGCCAAUACUUCCCCUCCUCCUCCUCUUCCUCCCCCUUCACACGCACACUCCUUACUCUGCAGAACACUCCAGUUCCCUUCCCCCUGCUGUCAGCUGGAGCUCAUUUCUCUCCCGACAUACUCUGGAGCACUGUGCAUGUGUGUUUGUGUGUGCAUGCAAGCGCUGCUGAGGUUUAAGAGGAGAUGUUGUCUUUGUGGUUACUGACUUCUCUUUGAUCGUGAAGCUUAAGCACAAACAACAGCCGGUUUCCCUCCUUCCUCGUACACACGCGGCAAACAAAUUCAAAUUCAGGUGACACUUUACUUUAAGCCCUCCCCUAUUUAGCAUUUAUAAACCGUAUAUAAACAUUGAAUAAAUGGUUUAUAAAACAUUAUAAUGUAGUUUUAAUCAGAUAUAAGUGUUUUUUAAAUGUAUGUGUCAACAUCUAUAACUCCUCUUGUGGGCACCCACAAGUGGAGGCUGGUUAAUAAACAGAUAAUGAAUGACAAUAUAGUAAAACACAGUUGUAAUAAUAUAAAAUAUGUCUUCAAAGGAGAAGUUAUAAUUGCUGACAAAUACUGUACAUUUAUAAACACUUAAAAUGUACUUGAAUUACAUUACAGUGUGUUUUAAACCAUGUAUUAAAUGUUUACAGUGCUUUAAAUGCGAAAUAGGGGGGGUUAAAGUAAAGUGGUACCCAGAUUCAUGCACAUGUUUGUCUCCCAGGUCCUUAACACUCAACACUGUACAUGAAGACAAUGAGGUGUGUGUGAGAGUGUGUGUGUGUGUGAGAGAAAGAGACUGUGUUUUGGAUGAGAUUUCUCUGUUGUCUGAACAUUUGAAAACACAUGUUUUGUUGAGUUUCCCUUCUACUUCCUCGCACUGAAAGCUGAGCCUUGACCUCCUACAAACAGCUCCCCCCUUCCCACUGAACUCCCCCCCUCACUCCAUCCCUCCUCUCCACCCUCCUGCUCCUCCUGCUCCCUUAUUCCCAAAUUGGCGUGCAUGAAAGGGCUCGACUGCUCGCGGCCAGAGCAGUGGAGGAUCACUCCUGAAUUGCCUUUUAAGUGGUGGGUAGGGUAGGGUAGGGUGGGGGUUUAAAAAAGCCGUGAAAAAGUAGCCAUACUUGUCUCCCAGAAUCCAAAAAUAUGAUUAAAAAAAUAGGGGCCACGCUUUUUUACAUUUUAUUUUUCUACAAGUGCAUUUUGUGUAUUUAUUCCCAGAUUGCGGUUAAGAUAACCUGUGAGCUAUGAAUGUAUAUCGCUUUUACUUUUCUACAGCUAGCAACAGCCCCACUCUAGUGCCUUUUUCUGCGACUUGCAGUGUGAGGGGGGGUGUCCGCUCUGUUAGCCAUGGUCACACAGAUUGAACCCCCCCCACACCCCCCCAAAUACCCCCUUGGGGGAAACAAGUGUUAAUAGGGAUGCCUGAAUAUCCAGUAUUGUCUUAAUGGCUUUCAUCCCUGCUACUCUAUUUCCAGUGUCUUUGUAGGCUGUUGUCAUUUUAUCUGUGAUGUUUCUGUUAAUCAAGCCCUCUAGAAAUUUUAAGACCACUAAUUUUCACUGAUGGUGGUCAUGUUUUUAUGUUCUUGCUUUCUGAGAUUAGGUUCAGUGUUUUACAGAGGAAGUGUCAGGUGACUGUGUAGUAGUUACUCACAUUAAUUAGCUCUAGUAACAGUUUCUUCAGCUGUGUUGUGCGUUUUGUGAGACGGUUGUUGUUGAAUAGGGUUGGCGUUUCCUCUUCAAGCGGUUUGAAGUAUUUGAACUAAUGGUGGAGCGUUUGAUACCAAGUUACCAGGCACUUGAAGGGCAUCAACAAAAAGCAUGUAGGCAGAAAAAUAAGCUAAAUAAAACACUCUGUGUGUUUACUUUCCCUAAAUAUUCUAAAUGUAUUUCUCAGAGGCCUGCAUCAUGAAGCAAGAUUAAUGGAUUAGAUGGAUAACUUUAACCCAGGCUGGUUGGUCUCACAAAGCCGGCUCACUUUAAGUAAUUUACAUCACUAAACCUAUGUUGCUUGGCUAACCCGCUUCAGAGAAGUUUCGGUUUACAGGGUUAGAUCAAAACCUGUAAACGAUUCGUAAUAAUGAGCACAAAGCAACGUUAACACAUCUGUAGAUUUACGUGGCUUUACAUUCUAUAAACUAUCAUUUAAGACACGUUUGUAGCACAACCAGUUUCCCACUCUUUUUAAGAAGAACUAUUUGUAUGCCUUUUAUUAGAGAUCUGACAGGAAAUAUGAACGUUGUGGUUAUCAUUUGAAGCCACGGGGGCCCCUCACAGUUACCCACUCUUUAACAGUGCUUCCAGCAUGUAGCACAAAGCAAGACGGCCAUAGUUAUCAAUACUGAAUGGCAUUUACGGUUGCAUUUAAUUGCACUGAAAAAAUUUAAUUGGUACAGCAAAGUCUAGUUUGCAUUAAUGAACCAUUACUGCAGCUCAGAAGAACAUGUAGACUCAAAGUGACGAUCAUAAACAAAAAGAAAUGCUCUCUACAGCAUUUUUUUUUUUUUUUUUAAUUAUAGCCACAAAAAGAUUAACUACUAGUACAUUAUAUCCACAACAUCUGGCAAGAGAUGAAGCAGAGUGCUGUUUCCACUGCUGAGCAUUACUCACCCACAGCAUUAUUUUUUAUAUCAGGACACAUCAGAGUGUAUUAUUACACUUCCACUUCCAAAGGAAAUAAAGGUAGACUGUUUAAAUCAUUGUUCAAUUAUCAGUGAAACCCAUGGUUAGGUUAGCUUUACGAGAGUUAACUGGCCGAUAUCUCCAAAACUCACACCAAAACAAUCUAGAUGGAUAAACAGCACUACAGGUAAGAGGGAAAAUAUGUAGUUUUGAUUUUGUGGUGAACUGUCUCUCUUAAGUUUUGUUGCUUUGAUUACAUGCAGUUUAAUAUACCUCACGCACUGAUUUAGAACAAUUUAAUUGCAAUUAAACUGUUGGCUGGAACUAUGUUUUCAGGUGUCCAGAUAUAUAACCUUGUUCAAAUGGCCAAUAAAAGCCAAUUGCUUUUCUGUGGCCAUUGAAUAAUGAGCAAUAAUUCAGAUUUCUUUUUUUACAUUAUUUUUUUGGUAGGUGAGCUACUGGGGCGCCCCAAGAUUUCUUAUUAUGUACACAUUUACUCUCUAGCUUUUUGCAGCAGAAAGUGAUACUUUUAACUGUCAGGUUCUAUAUUGCUUAUAAUUACUCAUUUUAAUUGUUUGUUCAUCAAGAAACAAAAGCAAAAUGUUCAACUUUUUCUCACUCUAGAACAUAUUGGUAAUUUAGUAAAUGUAAAAUUUGAGGAAACCUAUAUAAUAAUACCCACCAUUAGCUAUAGCCUAUUACUUUUAGUAUUUCAUUAAUUCAUUAUUUGAUUAUUAGUUUACUUUUUAUGUUACAUAUGUAGAUAUUGUUAUUUACUGUAUAUUGCCUACUUCUCUUGAUCUUUUUAUGUUUUUAACUCGCUGAAUAUUAUCUUUUGCUGCUGCACUGACUAAAUUUCCCCAGCAAGAUCAACAGUUUAAUCAUAAUAAUUACGCUACUCGUGAUGUGGCAUGUGAUUGGCUUCUUGUUACACCUGUUUAAUGUAAACAAACUCCUCCCCACUUUGGUAAAUUGAACAGAGCCAGGAGCCAGCUUUGUGAGACCGGUUUGCAGGAUCACCAGUGGAAGCCAGAAAACACAAAGAAAGCCAGACUGAGGUGAACUUGCUUCUUGAUUCAGGCCCCUGGUGUGUUAGUUCCUGUGGCCCCUCCAGGCUUCACACACACACACACACACACACACACACACACACACACACACACACACACACACACACACACACACACACACACACACACCACCCCACUGUGGUACAAACCUUCAAUGAGCGAUUCCCUCCCUGCCUCCCUCCCCUCCUCUUCUGUUUUCUUCCUGCCAACAGGGUUUGUAUUCUGACGCUCUGAAAGCUUUAAUACUUCGCUCUCUCUUUCUGUUGCCUGCCUGAUUCAGCGACAUGUAAACACUCCCUCUGCUCUUACUGUAAACGCCGUCUGAGCACAGAAAAUGUGUCUCUAAAAAAGAAAAGAGAAACCAGGAUCCCUGCCGCCUUAUGUGCCCCUCCAGUAACCCCCUCCCGCCCUCACUUCUUCCCCUGUCCCACCCGCAUUUUCUCUAGGUGUGCCUCUGUGAACAGAACUUCAGGCUUGUUAGUGAGAAUGAACUUUGAAACUGUGUGAGUGACGUUUGUGCAUCUGCGAGUAUGUUUGUCAGCGAUAGGAGAGAUUUAAAAACCAACCUUCCUGUCCUCUUCUCUGUGCAUCGAUGUGGGAACUUUUAAGUCCUAGUUCAUGAACUCUGACCUUUGACCAGGCACUCAUUCAGUCCCUUGUUGUGGUGGUUUAGAGGGGAGGUUACGUGGGGACUCGAGAGAAGCCCCACUGUCUACCCACAGUCAAUGUUUUAUUUAUGGACCUCUGCACUUUUGGCUGUGAUGACUUCAGUACUUAAGUAGUUACCUAAACUGUAUUUUUAAGGAUUUUAUACAAUAUUUACAUGCAAUACAAUAUGAAUUGAUUUUUUUUUUCUUUGCCAGCCAUUUUGUUUUUGUUUUUUAUUUAAUUGUUUUUAUUUUGGCAUGAUUUGUCGCUAUUAUUCACAAACAAACAUGCCCGUUGGAUCUAUUUUAGGUCAAAUGUUAUGGGGGGGUGUUCCCCGUAUGUUUUUGUAUGUCAUGAUUCUGAUGACAGCUGAACACCAAGAAGCAGGUGUUGGAAAAUAUUUGCUGGAUGAGCUAAACUUUGAUAUCACCCACUGCUUCCAGUAGGAAUAACUGGACCAGAACGGGGACAAGAGGAGUCCACACUUUGGUUCGGGGAACUGAACUGUUGAGCUAAAAUGUUUAUUUUCUGUCAUGAUUUGGGUGUUUCUUUUCUGCUCAUUCAUAGAAGUCUGUACCCAAACACCUAAUUUUAUUGUGUUAUGAUAACUUGAGCCUGAAGAAACACAUCAUAGGAAACAAUAGAGUUGCGAAGUGGGAUGGAGCUGUUUUGGGCGCCCCUGAUACCGGAAGUAAUAGUGCCAUACAUUUUUCCUAUAGGCAGUGUUACAUGACUCACAGUUGGAGCACUUCUACGGCUUGGAUCGGCAUGAAACUCUCCCGAUUCAAACAUAAGUCUAAAUGAUAAACAACGGCGUUAGAAAAUAUCUGUUUAGUUAACUACGACUCCCAAAGAUCAUUGCGGCAAGAAUCAUCCAAUCAGCGAGCCUUAAAUUCUGUCACGUGCGCCGCUAAGUGAGGGCGGAAGCUGAAGACAGUUGAUUUUACAAUCUGCAGUUUUAAAUCAGUUCACUUUGAAAUUUUGGGUCUCUUUUUGGAUGAAUUCCGCCACUAUGGCGCCGCGUUUUGUUGACAACUGCAACGACGAGUCGUUUUUAAUUCGCUACCUGAUUGGUCCCUCGCACUAUCGCCUUCUCCAUGGCAACUGUGGCUGAGGCUCAUGGUUGCCGCCCGCUAUGCCAAAAAGACGAAUAAAACAUGAUUUCUCAGAAACAAAGUUGAAUUAAUUGAAACUGAUGGGUUUAACGUAAACCCAUAUGAUCGUUACAUUAUACGGUUCGAGUACUGUGUUUCUAUGUUAAGCAACAUUUAAGAUAUUAAUGAAAAUGCGAACACACAAUGGUGAAGAACACUUCCGGAACCAGCGGCCCCUCCCACGUCGCAACUGGGGAGGUCUGUGGAAGUGGAGCAUUUCAGCUGAGACUAUUAUAUAUAUAAUAAGUGUAUAAUACAGCGAAGGUAGAAUAUCUACUGUGUGGAUCUUUAGAGGAUGAGGAAAAAGCGAAAAUAUAGAGCAAAUGGGUCCUUGCAAAUAUGCGGAGGGGGUGGGAGGGGGCAUGUGCAGACGGGAUGUUUCCUGUGUCAGUGGUAGUCAUAACGUGUCUGUGACAAGGGGACAGGGUUGCCUGUAUUUAUAAAGGUUUGAUUUUUUAAUGGGGGGUAAAAGGGGGGAGGGUGGAGUCCAAAAUAAGUCCAUGUAUGUGGUCCAAGCUACAAACGACGGGCAGAACAAAUGAACUGGAUGAUGAUGAUGAACAAUUUGGUAUUUUUGAAAAUAAAAAAACUUGGCAUUGCAAUGCCACCAUGUGGCCAUAUGAUGCAAGUUGUUAACAAGGACAAAACGUUAUUUUAAUGUUAUUUUUUAUUUUGAAAUCAUAUUAUUAAUAAAGUCAUUAAGUACUGUUG